AUGGCCAAAGCCUUUGGUGACAACAACACAGCUAAAAACUUUGAAGCUGUGUCCUUAUCCCGGCGCACAGUAACACGCAGGAUUUUUGACAUCCACAAUCACGUCGAUGUGAAAAUGAAACAAGUCAUGCAGGACUGCAAAUACUUCUCAUUAGCUUUGGAUGAGAGUACAGAUGUGACGGAUGUUAGCCAACUGAUGGUUUUUGCGAGAACGAUUGACAAUGCAUUUGAUGUGCACGAGGAGUUACUGAAAUUGGCAUCUCUGCACGACACCACUAAAGGCAGCGAUAUAUUCAACGCCGUUACCAGUGCUGUGGGUGAAUAUGGUGGCUUUGAAAAGCUGUCAACAGUUGUCACGGAUGGCGCACCUGCGAUGCAGGGAAGACACAGAGGUUUCGCGGGACUACUCAGGCAGAGUGGAGUAAACUGCCCAAUACUUCACUGCAUCGUCCACCAGGAAGCCCUCUGCGCAAAGACAUUGGACUUUGGCCACGUCAUGGAGUUGGUGACAAAAGUCACCAAUCUCAUCCGAGGAGGGAACAGGUCGCUAAGUCACCGGAGGUUCAUCACCUUUUUGGAUGAAGUGGAUGCCGAGUAUGGCGACCUGCAACUGCACACGGAUAUCAGGUGGAUGAGUCGAGGAAAGUGUCUGGAGCGUUUUUUUGCACUGCGAUCGGAAAUACCAGUGUUCUUGGAGAACAGCGUUAGUGUCGAUACAAGUGCAUAUUGCGCGCAGCUCAAAGACACACGGUUUGUUUGUGACAUGGCCUUUCUGACAGAUAUCAGCGCGCAUCUAAAUCACCUCAACACACUCUUACAGGGGAGAGAUCAAACGGUGUGUGAUCUCUAUUCUCACAUGACCGCAUUUCAGCGCAAGCUCGGGCUAUUCAUAGAUGGGUUUUCUUCCCCUCGUGUAAAUCUGGCACAUUUUCCCGCGUGCGAUGAGAUUCGCAAAGCUAACCCCAGGUCUGAAAAACAAAUCCAGAAAUACAAAGCAGACCUCGAAAAACUACAGGAGCAAUUCAACGAUCGUUUCCAAGAUUUUCACGAGAUGCAACCACGAAUUGCGCUAUUCACUGACCCCCUUUCUGCUGUGGUCAGCGCGCAACCAUCGGAGCUGCAGCUCGAACUCUGCGAGCUGCAGGCAGACCCGUUUUUUCAAGCAAAGCGCAACGAGAGGGGGAUUUCAUUUUGGAGACUUCUUCCCGAGGCACGUUUUCCACGUCUCCGAGAUUUCGCCCUCUCAAUGGCCAGUAUGUUUGGGAGCACUUACAUUUGCGAGAGCAGUUUUUCCACCAUGAAGCACAUAAAGUCCAAAGAGAGAAAUAGACUCACCGACGAUACACUGUUUCAUUUGAUGCGCAUUGGGACCACAAACAUUGACAUUGACAUCCAAUCCAUUGUGAGCCAGCAGGCCAAACCACAGCUCUCUCAUUAGCUUCAAUUAAUGUUGGGCCUCUGUGGUUUU